AUGCUGGGGCUGCUGCUCCUGGACGCUGCCGGAGCGUCGUUCGUCCGGGCACAGGCGCCUCUGGCCAAUGCGCCCGCAGCAGUGCCCCUGGAGGCAGUGUCCACACCCCUGCGCCCGCCACCUUCGGGCGCGGAGCAGCUCGAGGGGCGGCCUGCCGCGAUUGCAGCUGCGCUCGCCGCGCAGGCCGAUGUGCCGCUCAGCCUGUUGCGGCCGCAGGACCCUCAGGCGUUUGCGGCGUCGCUGCCGCGGUGCUGGUGGGCGCGGCAGGCGCCGCUG